CUCCUAGUUGUAAACACAAGCGAGUACGUAUAGCCAAUAGGCAUGAAAUUUGUAGGAAGUUUAUAAAAAUUUCUGAUUUUUUUAAAUUUCAACUACAUAUGAACGUUAUGAAUUAUAUUUGAAUUAAGUUAGUUAAGUAAAGUUACAAUUCCAACUGUUCAAAAAUUAACACAAGUUUAACCAAUAUGAAUGAUGGACAACAAAUCAACACUAUUUAUUACGGUGUAUACACUCCAAAUGAUAACAGAGAAUAUAAUGGAGCGCCCAAUGUAUUUAACGAUAAAAAUGAAGCUUUAAAAGUCGCCAAAAAGAACAAAAAGUCCCGAUUUAAGGCCUUCAGUUUUUAUCAUGAAGCUGUCGAGUUUGCUUUGAAUGGAUCAGAAUUUCCUAAUAAUAACAUUAUUUUAAAUAGUGCAAAUGCUUUUGGAGAAAAGGCUAGUCCUUUCAAGGGACCAAAACCACAAGAAAUCACUGAACUUCGAAAAGCUAUUGAAAACGGCAACUAUAAAUUAGUAAAGGAUACUAUAUGGCAGAAUCCAAGAUAUUUAGUUAGCAGUGGUGAUACUCCAGCUAUAUAUCAGGAGGGUCCCCGUUACAAUGCUUUACACGUAGCUGCCAAAUCAAAAAAUGCAGAAAUGACUGAGCUUAUAUUAACAACUAUUGCAAAUCCCGAGUUUAUUAAGUUGUUGUAUGGUGAUGAUAAUCAAGAAAAUGCCGAAGACAGAGCUGCCGUUUUACUAGAUCUAUAUCUUAAUACUCCAAACAAAGGACUGAACGAGACUCCUCUCCAUUUUGCUUCCAAACAUGGAGCCCUAGACGUCGUCGAAAUAUUGGUCUCUUAUCCACAGUGUGAUAAAACGUUAAAAAAUAAAUAUAACAGAACUCCAGAGCAGGUAAUAUGUGAAAGGGCCGAAGGAGAUAACUUAUCGGCAACGAAGAGAGCCAUAGAACUGCUGCUCCAUGAUAGUUACUAUGUACCAGUCUUAAGAGCAGAAGAUAACAGCAUGCCGCCUGUGGUAGGAGAACCUUUCUCACCUUCUAGUCCACCGGUAAUAAACUCCAAUCCUCUUAGCCCAAGACUAGAGAUCCACGCAUAUGCUGGUCCUAUGGAGAGAAAAGAAGCACAGCAGUUUAGAAAAGUAUGGAAAACGCCUCCACGAAACUGCAAUGUUUCUGUAUUAGGAUCUAAACCGAAUAAUCUAAUAAACAUAGCUUCGCUCAAGUUUAAAGAUCCCAAAAAAGGAUUAGAAAGAAUCGGCAAACGACUAGCUAAUAAGUUCGACGUAAAUUGGAAGGAAUAUUGGCCGUUUUUGGACUGUUUUAUCGACAUUAGUUCGGAAAAAGGACUCAAAUUGUUAGACGCCUACUUAUCGGAUAAAUAUGCCAUCUUAAACCAAUCUGUGUUGGAGGAACUUAAAAAGAGUGUAUCGGUAGAUUUGGAUGGAACGGACGUGCUAAGUCCUAUGUCUAACUUGUGCAAAGCAUUUUCUGCUUGCAGGUUGAAUGAUUCUAACUUAUCGAAUAAUUCGGGAAUACAGAACAGUGAUUCGAUAAAUUAUAUUGAUAAGGCGUGUCAAGUGUUCGCCAAUAGGGUUUCAAAUGACAUUUUAUAUAUUUUGUGUAGCGAGGACAAUAUUUUACAAAUAUUAGAAACGGAAAUUAAACAGUUGGAAUUGUUAGUGACUAGUUAUAUGGACGAUAGUAGGUUCGCUUUGAUAAAUUUCCAAAAAAUUCAUUCGCGUCUUGGUAUAUUAGUCGGCCAAAAACUUUAUAAUAAUCUUAAAGAAAACAUUCGAGGUUUUCUUUGCGGAAAGUUAGAAACGUUGCUAGACAACUUGACAAAAAGUAUAGACUGUUUUUCUUCCGAUGACGAGAGUCAUAACUUAGAAGUGGCGGAAUCUCGUAAACCUACACUACAUAAGCGACAGUUAAUUUGCCUUUUGCACUAUAUACUAAAUGUUUUAUCGCAGAAUUUUGACAGUAAACAAGGAGCUGAAGAAGGAGGAUGUGUCAAAGAUUGGGAUAAAGCAGAAACCUGUACGUGCGUGUAUCACUCGAGAAGAUCUAAAAAAAAUAACAGUGUGUCAAGAAGUAACAGUUUUAAGAACCAUUCAAAAGUUUUUGGGACGAGUAACUUGGAACCUGUUACCAGAAAAUUGUCGUUUAGCGAAGAGGAUAAAAACGAUUCCAGUUGUGUUCCAAAUGGUUUUAACUUAAGUGGAAUCAGUAAUUCUGUUGUAAGCAGUUCAGAUGAAGAUUCCGAAAGUGAAGACAAGUUUUAUACGCCGCCUGAUAGUCCUAGUUUAAUAAAAAGCGAUUCGGAAUCAGACGACGAAUUUGCCGAUUCCGAACUACCACAGCAUGAAGUUUUUAUAGAAGGGGAUAAUCCUACAAAAGUAGACUGUGAAGUAUUUAACGCUCUAUAUUUUUCUGAGGUUAAAUUAGAUAAUAAGAAGUAUCCAAAUAUUUAUAGAUGGUACCACACUAUUAGUUUAUAUACACAAGAAGAACGUGAUAGUUGGGGACAUCUAAAGGACCAACAGAACGCCAAAGUUGACAUCCCGAAUUCAUCUUUAAAUGUAUCGUUUAAUAUGGACUCGCCGAGGACCAGCACGCCUUCCAAAUCCUGGCUGAGAAUCACAGGUGCCAAUUCACCAAAAACAGCAUUAAAAUCGAGAAGUGUAAUUUUCUAAAUGAGAAAACGGAUUGAACAUAUUUAUUUGACUGCUCACUGUGCAAUCGUUCGAUUAUGUUUAUAAAUUUUAAAACAAGAACAGGUUGCAAGGUAUUUUAACUGUUACAUUAUUAACGAGAAGUUUAAAAUAUUUGAUGAAGUUUAUGAGUUGAAUACUAAAUGUUUGGUUUAAUAGUGUUAUGCAUGAUAAUGUUGUACUGACCAGAUAUGUUAUUUACUCUUUUUUAAAGUUUUUAAUAUGAGUAUGAAGCUGUAAAAACAUUACGCUGUUUUUUUUUGUCAAAAUAUGUGGAUUUAAUCGACUAAAUGUAAUCGGAGAUUUUGACUGUUCCUUAAUUCAAAUCAAGCCAAUAUUUACUUAUUUAAAUACAAUUUUUAAUUAUAUUAAAAAGUUAUUACCUCACAUCUAAAUUAAAAAAAUAAUAAUAAAAAAUGCUAGCAUAUACUUAGUUAUUUCUCAGGGAUUUUUAGGGCUUGCAAUAAAAUCCUAAUGAUGGACAAAUGUAUGUGUAUUGAUCAAACGAUAAGAAGCUAUUACUUUGUGUACCAUUAAGGCAUACAGCCAUUAAGUGUACAGCUGGUUCCUAAAAACACUGAUAAGACUCUUAGUAAGAUUUGAUCAUUUUGAGCAGUGUAUUUAAUUCGUCUGCAUUAUUUAUUAUGACAGAGAAAUAAUAAAAUAAACAAACAAACAAUUGAUUACAUCUGUUUGUGACGGGUAGCUCUUUCGAAGCGACAGACUCAGUAAAACACAGAGUGAAAUAACAAUAAAUCUAUUAAUUCUAACGUAUGUACAAAAAUAAAAAUAAAAUAUAUCCUGUAUCCCCGCCUGGAUCCUAUGAGAGCGAAUUCCC